AUGAGUGAACUCGACGAAGCGGCUGUUAAAAAGCUUAAAGUUGCAGAACUGAGAGCAGAGCUUCAAAGUCGAGGCCUUGAUUCGAAGGGAAAUAAACCUGUUCUUGUAGAGCGAUUACUGGAAGCGAUUUCCAAAGUGGAUGAUGAAAAAGCUAAUGGCGAGGAACCUAUGGAAGAAACUGCCGAAACAUCACAAGAAAAAGUUGCAGAAGCAAAAGAAGAAACUGCACCAGAGGAAAGUCAGCUCGAUGUCCAAGAAGAGGUGCCGAAACUAGAAACUGAACUAACGCAAGACAAUGAAACUGCUUCCGAAAGCACCGAGGUUGUGGACGUCCCAGCUCCGGUCGAAGAGAAACCGUCUGAGGAAGCUCAGGAAACUGUCCAAGCUCCUGAACCAACACCGUCAGAAGACAAAGAAUCGGAGAAAAGGGAAGAUGAAGCGAAAGUCGAGGAACCGAUGGAAACUAGCCAGGAAACUGCAGCGACGUCGGAAGUAAAAGAAGGUUGGUUUACUAAAAUCAAGUGCUUUGAAAUUAACAUCUUAUUUGCAUAAAUGUGGCUCGCGUUGAUUUCUUUAAGAUGGAAACUAAAACGCAACCCUUGGCUUGGUCUGAUUUUACCAGUUUUGUAUAGCUCAAGUUGGGCAUGUAAUAAGAAAAAACUCCCGCCCUUUAUUUGGUCAGUUGAUUGGUGGAAAGUUGUAUCCCAAGUCAAAAAAUAUGUAGAUAUUAAGACAGAAUCCACUAAGGAAUUGAGUAAUUUUAAUUUUCAGUGGACAAAAACCUUGUACCAGAGUAAUUUAAAGAAUAUUGCAUUCUUUUUUACAUUUUUCAAGGGUUGGUAAUUUGUCAUCUGUAAUAACACCAAAGAAUAUUUCGCAUGGGAGUCCAAAAAAUGAAUGUCAAAUUUCACAAGAAUUGUGAAAAUACAGGUAAAAUUCAGAUGACUAAUAAUAAUUAUUACAUCUUACAAAAUGUAUAAAAGAAUGCAAUAUACUUUAAAUAACUCUGGUACAAGGUUUUUGUCCACUGAAAAUUAAAAUUACUCAAUUCCAUAGUGGAUUCUGUCAUAAGGUUAAGUUUAUAUCAUACAGUAAUAGUUUUGUUAUUUUCUAGCUUAUUCCUUGGUGUGUUUACACUUUGUUAAUAAUUAAAAGGCAACAUGCAACAAAAUGAUGGUUGAAGUUAGCAGUUAGUCUCUUUCCAAUAGUGUACAGGAGAUUUGUUAGAUUAUUAUCAAUAUUCAAUUUAAGCACCUAUCAAUGUUAAUCUGGAGGGAGGUGGGGAGGCCCGGGAUUUGAACUUGAAGCAUUUUUUGGGGUCAAAUGCCCUGCCCCAGUGACGUCAUAUUUGGUCAAAAGAGAACAAAGUCCUAACACCCCAAACUAAGGGUAGAGGUCAAAUGUGUGUUAUUGAAGGUAGAAACAUACCAACAUUUUUAGGAAGCCGCAUCUGUUUAUUUUAACAGUUGUCUUUAAAAUAGUUUCAAGUGCUUUUUCUUCUCUCAAAAUUGGUUUACAACGUUGUUGUUAACAUUAAAGCAAAAUGGUUUAGCUGAAAAAAGUUUUACAUUGGAAUAUAUUAUUGAAGUGACCUACUCUUGGGCUGAAAUACAAGCCAUUACCAUUUUUAUUUCAGCAGCUGUCUGCCUGGACUUUAGCACAUUUGUGCAAGGAGGGUCUGAAAGGGGGUUUUCCACGAACCAUGAAUGCCUAUUUUUAAUCGCUGUGGAUUGUAAACAAAAUAAUUUAUUUCCCGUGAUCUGCAAACGAAAGUAAUCCUGUGAUUUGUGAAACAACUAAUUUAGUUCUGAAGAGUCAUGAACAUGGUCUAUAACUGGCUAACGUUUGGGAAAUAUUCAACCUAAACUUUUGAGGAACUUAAGUCAACAAAGAUCAACAUAAUUCCAUGCUUGUGCACUACCAGUUCUAGACGUGCAGACUUCUUGAAAGUGCCUAUGUUGAUGAAUAUGACAGAGGUAUUGUGUUUGCAGACAUAGCAUCAAUAUGGGAGAAAAAUAAGAUCAAUCACUAAAUUGUGCGUGAUUCGUGAAAAGUCUGUUUUAAUUCCCGGGAACCAUGCACAGCACACCUCUUUCCGACUCUCUACAAGUAAGCAUAACAAGUUACUUUCCUGGCAGGAAAAUGUACUUGUCAUGGAUGGAUGGACAGACUUUUUACUAGUUCUGACAUACAGCAUUGUUUGUUUUUGGCCUGGCUAUGUAAAACUUUAAUAUACAUGUAAACUAUAAUACAAAUGCAAAAGGAAGAAAAUUAAUUUGUAACACGGAGUUUCAAGCAUCAUCAUCAUCAUCAUCAUCAUCAUGAUCGUUAUAACUAUAUCACUGAUCUUAUCAAGCCUUAUACACCUGGUAGACUUCUUAGAUCCUCUAAUCAAUAAUAGUUAUUGUUACUUCCUACAGCAAAAUUUAAUCUUAAGACUUAUGGUGGCCUGUCUUCUACUAUUGCUGCAUCCUCUGUUUGGAAUGCACUUCCAUUCGAGCUUAGAUCUUGCAAUUCUCUUUCUUCUUUUAAAUCUAAGCUUAAGACUUGGAUUUUUAAAGUUUCUUAUGAUGUUGUCUUAAAAAAUGAUGAUGUUUUAUAGGACGAUGAUGUAGUUUUAUAGGAUUUUAAUUUAGUUUUUGUAAGGGGUGUCUCCUUAUGUUAUUUAAUUUUUAUUGUGUAAAGCACCUUUGGACCAUUGGGAAUUAGUGCUUUAUAAAUAUUGUAUUAUUAUUAUUAUAAUUAUUGUUAUUAUUAUUAUUUUUAUUAUUAUUAUUAUGAUCGCUUAGUGCGUGAAACUCCCAAGAUGCAAAUUAAUUUUCAUCCUUUGCAUUUGUAUUGCACUCUGCAUCAGGGCUGUGCUCUAGCAGAGCCCAGUGGCCCCUGGAGGCCAACUUUUGCUCCUGGGCGACUAGAAAAUCUCAGAUUUUUCAUACAAAUCACAUACUAGGUACCCUAGAUUUUACAGGUUCAGAGCACUGGGCACCCUUGAAUUUUCCUUAGAGCACAGACUUGUGCAUAUUUUUGUGAGUUGAGCACUCCUAGGAUAAGUGAAACUAUAUCGCUAUAUAUUUUUUGGUUAUUUUAUAAACUACAAUAUAAAUUGAUACCGUCACCAAUCUCCUGUUAGAAAACACCUAUCUGUUACAGAAGUACAAUCUUUGCUCCAAACAUAACAACUCUGUUACAUGAGUUCAUCAAGUCUCUACAAAACCCACAGCUGGGCAAUUUUCCUUUUCCCUCUGUUAAAAAUGUUUAUAUCAUGUCAGCCUUUUUCUUCAUACAGGGAUCCAUAUUCAUUUUUUAUCAGUGUCGUCAGCUGGGCAAGCAAGCUUGAUGGCAUACAGUACUUGCCCGGUUACAGUUUGGGUUGCUGGGACAAAAGUGCAGAAUUAUAAAAAGAUUGGUGAUAGAAAUAAUAAUAUUGCAUGCAACUUGAACAUUUUAUGAGUUGCAUUUUAUUUCCAUUAUAGUUACUAAGAAAGGGUUUUUACUAAACUACAAAGUACAAAAUAUAGAUCACAGGCAUAAGGCUAAAUCCAGUUUCUUUAUGUUUUACAAGUAUUUUUUAUACUUGUCGGUCUGUCAGUUUGCCAUGAAAGCAAGAAGGUUACAUUUUUCCUCAUAUAUGUUUUGUUUUGUUUUGUUUUUUUUCCACUGGAGGUGGCAAAACGCCUUCGAAAAAAUGCCACACCAUGAUGAGUACUGUCAUGUUUUCUGCGAAUUUCACAGUUCAAUUUCAUUGCAGAAAAAAAGUUGUGUGUUAUUCUCUGUUUUUUGAAAAAUUUUAAUCAAUGAAAAGUAGUCAGAACACUGGUAUAUGACAUGAUUUAAUCAUACCAAGUUGUCGUAUAUGAAUUUUGGAAAAGAUUUUGUGGUUGACCAAAACCUCACUCGUCCAAAGGACGACUUUUCGAGUUAUCUUAAUUGUCCGUGCAGGGGUUGAAAUUGAAAAAAUCCUCAUGUCACAUUUUGGCAAACAACUGCAGAAAAUUACUAUAGUCGCCAGAUGCAAAUUUUUAGUCACCAGUUUGUAUAAUGUAAAUGAUGCAGCUCAUAGUAUGGCGCUAUCCAUCAAAUUUGAAGUUUGAAAAUAUAGCAGACAAAAGUUGGUAUAAUUUUGGAAGUUAACUGGCUGUGUUUAUGCGAUUCGGCACAUGAAAUGUUUGUUUUAACUUUACUCUUUUUAAAUCUAAAUCAUUGAGAAAUCUGAAGCCAGAAUUUUUAGUUGCCAAGGAGAAAAUGGUAGUAGUAUUGGCGACCGUAUCAGUUGCAAUUUCGAGCCCUGGGUCCGUGCGAGACUUUAGUCGUCUGAGACGACCGGACGACUGUGAACAUUAGACAUGUACUUCUUGUCACUCUGAUAUCCUCGAAUAACCGAACCAAGGUUGAAAUAGGACUCAUAUUAAUGGCUACGAAAUGUAUCCGCAACAUGGCAGAUGCUGUUUAAUAGUAUGUGUAUUGUAACUCAGUCAUCCUGUUUCCAUUCUCUAAUAGUGCGAGAAUGCAAGAAUACAUGGUGAACUUUGUCCUCUCUAAAAAGUAUAUAUAAUGUACCAUUGCUUAAGGAUUUUUUCCCACAAACAGUUUGUGCUUUCCAUCGUAGGCCACAUUUUGCAUUUCAGAUCAGGUGAGUAUUUGGUUCAAUUUCCUUUUUUAAAGCAAGAGAUUCACUUGCAAUGCUGUGCAUGUGUCUAGUGGAACGUAUUAUCAUACAUGUACGUUGGUAUUAGUCAAGCCCUGCCCUUCAUGAUGUGGUGUCCAUUUUUAGGCAGUUAACUGUUACUAUUGUGCUGUAUGUGUAGGCACAUAACUCAAUGCAACGAUGUAGCUGUCAGUAGAUAUGUAGUUAUUGGAAUUUACAGUAUAGAUCCCCUAACCAAAGCUUAACCUUAUGUUCCUCUCUUGACUGUUUUUCAAAUGGGGAGUAUACUGUGGCUACAGUGUAUAUAAAGAUUUUAAAAAUAUAUUGUUAGAGUCAACAGCAUGACAGGAGUAUAGCUUUAAAGUGUUGAAGGCAAUUCUCUGUUGCCUGCAAGUGUUUUCUUGGUGGGUCUUGGAGAUCUGGAAAGUUAUGAAAUAUAUUUAUGAUACUAUCCAAUGCUAGAAGCUACAUCUAUAGAUGUGUACAUGCAAAUGUGGAGUGAUCUUGGCAUGAAGUUCAUGAAAAUGUAUCAAAUUAAUAAUUCAUCAAAUUAUUUUACUGAAAAAUUUAGAAUCAAAUCGUAAAUGUACAUUAGCUGGAAGCAUUCUGUUCUUUGCUAAGUACUUUUGUUGAAAAAUCUAACGUCUUUGAAAGGUCCUGGAAAGUUUGUAGCCUUUUAGUGAGGGGAACGUUGAUGAGAUGAAUGGACAUUGAGGCACAUACUAAAAGAAGAAAUUUAAGUUUAGUCAGAAUUACAUCCUUACAUCUAGUCCUACUAAAGUGUAAGUAAAUAGUCUUUACUCAAUCCUUUGAACUUGUUUUUCAUUAGAACUUUGAAACUCAAGAAUUGAAUAUCCAGAAACAAGGAUACUCAAAAAGAUUUUGUCUCCAAGGAAGAACAAAAUUAUUAUUUUAUAGUUUUUUGCAUGCAUUUCAAGGAGCUAAUUAAAUAGAACUUUUACAUGUGUAAUUAAUAAGUCUCGAUAUUGUUCUCACUUUUAAAAGUUUUAUGAUAUUGGCCCCUGAUGUGCAUGUAAAUGCAUCCAUGCAAUUUUACAUGUAGGUUACAUCAAACAGUAAUAUUUCCCAAUGAGAGGUGUUACAACAUUUUGGACGGGUUACCUAGUAUUGAAAAUUUACUGGAAUACAUUUUUUUUAAUUUGUGGUAUGUUCUAUAAUGUAAUCCCUGUCCUAAAGGGUUAGAGAUGAGUCUGUAUGGGACAUUAAUAUGAUGGAGAAUAUCACUUAAUGGAUGAGCUAAAUGUUCUUGUGGGAACAUGUUUUCAAGUUGGUUUUGAUGAAUAAUAAGCCAAGGAGAGAAAAAAUCAUGUUGACCAGGAAGCCAGCUGUACAAAUGAAACUGAGAACUGUACAUAUCAUGUACUUUGCACAGUUUGGAAAAACAACUGUAAGAAUCUCUUGAGCUGCUACAAAAUUUCAAGUUAUAAAGAUUACAAUAUUCCUGGUGCAGCACCUCAUCUUUGUACAGCUGUAUGUUAUGUAUUUCUUGUUUUCUAUGUUUUCACCAGUGUUGCGCCAACUUUGUUCAAAAUUGUAGGGACCGCCCUUCUUCAGAGCUGGUCACAUGACAUGCGGGACUGUUGUGUUACAAGCCGUUUGGUGUUUAAGGUAGCGGUUAGUCACUCCAGUUCGUGUCAAUUUUACGAACGGGGAAAGACAGUCUUUCUUUCCCGGCAAUUAACGAAAAGCAGCAGUUGCAGAGCUGCCUUGUAACAGAUUUGCCUAGCAGUGCUAGUGCAUUCAGUGGAGAACAUAACAAAGAUGUAUAGACUUGAUUCGAGUUGAGCUCGAUUCUGAACUAGAUGUGGUUGUUUAUGCCAUGGAUUGCUGAAAAGUUUCACAACCUUGAUAAAUCUGUUAAAUAUUCCCGUAGAGAGCCAAGCAAUAUCAAAGAGUCAUGGAUUGAAACUUAUAUCAGUACUUGUGCAAGGAGAUUACAUGGUACAGUAAUAACAAGACUGGUGCAAGUGAGAAGAGUUUAAAGGAUGAGAUUCAAAGAUAAAUUACGCACAGCCUUGUACAUGUACAUUGACUUGUGGUGGACCACCUUUUAAUAUCUCUCCCUAGGUUACUGAGUGAAGCUUUAUGCUGGCAAAGAUGGAAAAUGCUAUUAUUUUAAUGACGUAAAACAAAACUUAAAGCUUAACUUACCAUUUUAAGGCUAAUUCACUGGUGGUGUGUAGUUUUAUUAAUUAUUAUUUCUUGAGAGCUCUUUUUAAUGGUAUGCAUUUAUAUUUUUUUCAGGAGAAAAGACGGACAAGGCAGACAAAGAUGCAGAUGAUGAUGAUGUAGAGAUAAAUGCUGAUUCCAGGUAAUGGUUUUCAAGGCAAUAUUAUUUGUUGCUUGAACUACCUACCUUAAGUACUCUAGCAAGGGUUUCCUUGCCCUGGGAGCAACAUUAGCGUAUAGGAAUAUAUUACUUUUCAAACUGACCACUGGAAUGACUAUCUUAUAUCACCACCAGGAGUUUGAGUGGCAGUUUGAUUGACAAGCAGGUGAAAGUCGGUGUCUGCUAGAUGCAGGCGGCUCUGAGGAACACAUCUGAGAAUACAACAUUUCAUUUUUUCCUUCAGUAGAGUUGAACACGGGGAAGAGGAGACCCAGCUUGACGACUCAUUAGUCGUCUUGGACAAAUGUAAGUGGAAGAGACAGCGAGUACAUACAAUAUGUACUGUCCGUAUUCUUGUAGGAAUAAGGUUGCGAAGGAGCACUCAGAAAAAAUGACAGUCGAUUGCUUAUUUAAACGCCUACUGUGAUGUGUGUGUCCUGUUAGAUCAGGAAUGCUAUCUAGAACAAUAUUCCUUUCUCAUUCUGGUGCUUGAAUUUACUUCCAGACAACUGUGACCUCCAUCUGAAAGUUGCCCCAGAUGGUCUGAGUGGAAAGUUGUUGCCUGAUGAAGGAUUCUCAUAUCUUCUUGCUGGUGCUAGAGCUACCUGGGGUGCCACAAAAGGAAAAAUCUGCUUUGAAUGCAAGGUAGGCAUAAUGUUACAAUCUGGAAAUAGAAAAUUGUAGGUAGUGGUUUGGAUUUGCCAUCAUUGUUUGAAUUUGUUUUUUUGGUACAAAGGGUAAUCAGUUGCAGUGGGAUCUUGAAGAGAGAAUAAAAGAAGUAAUAAUCAUUGUAAACUAAUGUGGCCAACUUUUAUUUCUUCACCCAUUGCAUUGUUUGGUCUAGAGCAUGGCUACUUUGUACCAUCUGAUGAUUUUUAUACAAGAACUAUUCAACCAGAAGUUAAAUUAUUAUUUUAAUUUGUUUUGCUUGGGGUAUGAAUGUUUGCCCUGCGGUUAAAUUUUUUCUUUGGUUCAAUUCUCACUGUGUAUGACUGGUAACAGAUGAUGGUCCAUGUACCUGGAAGCUCAGUGAAACCUCCAUAUGCACUCACCUUUCAUAAACACCAAAAUUUUCCACUCAAACCUUUAUAGUACUGUUGUUGGUACUUCAUGUUAAAGGUCACAUCUCCUAAUUAAGUGAAUGCGAUCACGCUUUGGUCAGGUAACUUUAAAAUUGUACGCAGUAGACUCUCAUCCAAAAAGUAGAUCCAUCCAGUCCUCUUCUCUGUCGAGACCUUCUGUAGUUUAUGUCUCAUAACGUUCACAUUUUUGUUGUCGCAUGCUGGAGUUUUGACUUAUAAAACAAGGAUUCAGUGAGAACUAUGUUUAAGUAUGUACAUGGAAGGUUAUGAACUGAAAUGAAAUGGGUCUGAAUUUUUUAUUCUAUAGAGAAAUCAGUAAUUUUUUUGGUCAAGGAAUAUGCAAUCAAAAAUGAUUAAACUGUGCAUUAAUAUAUUAGUGACAGUCAAGGUAAUGCAUUGUUGGUCUCUUUGUUUCCAAACAAGGUGACAUCAUUUGAUUCUGUGGACCUUCCGGAAUCAGAGGAACCAAAGAAUGUAGUGAGGGUUGGCUGGUCAACUGAUUCUGCCAGCCUACAGCUUGGUACGUUUACAAUCAUUGUUAACCUAUGUCAUUUUGAUUUGUUUUACAAACACCAGCAGCAGUGCAUACAGCAAGGAAUAGGUCCUCGCUUGCUCUUUUACCAUGAUUACUUCACUGAUGAACUUGUUAGAAAUGAACUACAUAUGCUCCACACAAUGUUUCUACUAACUGAUUCUUGUAAGAUAAUUUGAACCUUGUUACUCUUUUGCUACCCUUUCUCUUCUUCAGGGGAAAUCAAGAAUUCUUACGGUUUUGAUUCAUCUGGAAAGAAAGCUCUAGAUUCAGAGUUUUCAGAAUAUGGACAGUCAUUUGGUGUUGAUGAUGUUGUUGGGUGUUACUUGGUAAGUGCUUGAACAGUAAUAAAGUCCCACUCAUGCUCAAGGUCUUGGAAUCAAACAGUAAACAACAAUUUAUUAGGAAAUGUUAAAAUGUAAGUGGUGUGGUGUUAAAAUACCAAUCAAUAAUUCCAAGGCUUCAAAUAAUUUUCUUUUUUGGAAGGACUAUGUUGUAUAAUUAUGUUGUGGUUCAAUUUUAUCCUUGAUUUAAGUUUUCUUUUCUUUUGUUUUUGGGUAUGGUAGUGUAUGAUAAUGAGUUUGAAACAAAAUAAAAUAAUAUUUAAACUAAUGGUAAAAUUGAACCACAACAUAUAAUAUAAUAAAGUUAUUCUUGGCCAAUCACGAAGGACCCCUUUUACUGGUAGACAGAAGAAGAUUGUUUUAAAUAUUACUUAACUUUUUUGUCAAUGUCUUUUUCAAAUUAAUGUCCUCGCUCUUUAGCAUACAUUUACCCUUUUUUGAAUGGGACGGCAUCUCAAGAAACCUCAAGCUACAUGUACUCUACUAAGCUAUCAAGUGCAUUCCACUCAAAAUAAUGCCAUUCAUUAAUUUCACCAAUUGAUUUAACUGAGGCCCUGUUGAGGAAAAUUUUGACGAAGCGACAUGGCCUUGAAACAGGGACAUAAGGCAGUAGAAAGGGCAACAAAAGAGACAAAGAUGGGUUGAAACCACGACAGCAACAGAGAAAAGUGCAAGUGAAAUACCGAAAGCAACAUGGCUUCCUCCUCAAUACGCAAAAUGAAAGGUUUUGAAAUUCAGACUCUAGAGGGACAUACUUAACCCCCCUAAGAAGCCUCUUAACUGAUAAAUAACAUUUUUUGUCCAGGAUUUGGAGAGUGAUCCAAAGACUGUUUCGUUCAGCAAGAAUGGUGAAGACCUUGGGGCAGCAUUUGAACUAACAGAAGAUUUGGAAGGAAAAGCACUUUAUCCUCAUGUGCUUGUAAAAAAUGCUGAGUUCAGUGUCAAUUUUGGAUCUCAGGUAAUCAUAUAGAGUACAUUAUGUCUCAGUCUUUUUAAAAAACAAAAAAUAAAAAAAUGCGUUUAUAGACUUCCAUACUCCAUUAAUACAUGGUACAAUACCAUGACUACUCUUAAUCACGUUAAAAGCUACAAUAUAUUAUUUCCAACAAUACAUGUAAUGCGCCAAUGAUAAAAUUAAAAAUCAAAUGCGUCCUUACAAAGAUAAGUCUUUGACCACUUUUUUUAAAUUUUUUCUAAGGAAGAGCCAUGGUGUCCUCCAAAGGAAGGCUAUACUUUUAUCCAGUCUGUUGGUGAAGAGUCAUUGAUCCAUGGCACAAGAGGACCAGCAACUAAAAAGGAAUGUGAGGUUAGAGGCUGUUUUCUCAGAAACUGGAAACUGGAAGUUGUAGCCAAGAGGCCUUUCUCUACAUUCAGUUUUUUGUUUGUCUCUUGGAGUUCAGACAGGGUGCAAAGAAAAUCAUUUUUACAGCUUGCCAUUCGGGCAAGCUGAAGCUAGCAUUUACUAGCCCAGACAUCAUUUCAAGUAGCCCCAAAAGCUUUUUGACUCACAAAAUUGAUUUCACAGUUCUUCUGUUACUUGAAUUCCUCAAAAAACAUCACUUGCCCAUCAGGCAAGUUUAGAACAGAAUUCACUAUCAAGGUAGCAAAAUUUACUAGCCCCAGGCUAUUGGACACUACUUUCUUUGCACGCUGUCAGUUAUUCUGUUAUUGCAGUUUUGAGGCCUGUAAAGAAAAACAAUAAUAAUUAUUGUAUUCAUUUUUUUGUUACUUCUCUGCUUACAAAAAAAAAAAUUCAGGUAAUUAUGAUGGUUGGAUUACCUGGUUCAGGAAAGACAACAUGGGUCAACAAGCAAGUGAGUGAUAAUCCAGACAAGAAGUACAAUGUCCUUGGUACCAACUCAAUCCUGGAAAAGAUGAAGGUACUGUAUGUUGGGAGAAAAAAUUUGAAACUGUUAUCAUAAGAAUGGGCUUUCUUCUCAUUGCUUCCCUGUGUUCUAAAACAACUGUUUUGGGCUUUUUCAGAACAAUUGACUGAAUUCUUAGAGAAUAAAGUGGUUCAUUAUUGAUAUUUGCUAAUGAAAUAGAACAUUCAGAAAAAAUUUCCAAUCAAUGUUACUCUGAACAAAAGAUUAAUCGUAGGAAAAAGGAAAUUGUUCAGAUUUUUAGAAGGUUUGACAAUUACUUUGAAGAUUAAAUAACAGUGUUUGAUUGGCAAAGGAAAGUCAGUUUGGUUCCAAUUAUGAGGAGCAUUAUGAAACCAAGACUUUGAUAAAUGUAAAUCAAGAUUCUUCCGUAAUUAUAUUGUAUUUACCACCUAUGUUUUUAGAUCCUGGGAGUGGCUAGGAAGAGAGAUGUAGGUGGAUAUAGUAAGCUGAUGGACAAGGCUGCAAAAUGCUUACACCGAUUAUUUGAACUUGCUCCCACAAAGAAGAGAAACUACAUUCUGGACCAGGUAAAUUUCACUGUGUAUUCCUCAUUUAUUUUGUCAGUAGCUUAUAAAGUGUAUCAAGUAUAUAAUAACUCGAAGACUCACCUUGCUUAGAAUAAUGCUACAGCUGUCAUUAGGGGCUGAGGGCUGGGGAUUUCCUCUGGCUACUAUGAAGUUGGCCCGAGCUACUUUCAUUAAGAAGAUGAAACAAAGAUAGAACCAAAGGAAAUACCUACCUUAUCCUGGAAAUGCCAAACCUUCUUGUUGUAUUUACCCAGAGACUUAAAUUCUUAGUGGCAGCCCUGGGUGCAAUUUUUUAAGUAUAACAUUUUGAUACAAGUCUUAAAACACAAUAAAUUUGCCUUGUACUCUCUACAAUGUAUUUUUCAUUAACACGCAGCCAUGUACGGUAGUAUAGCAUCUCUGAAAACGUCAUUUUCCUCAAAAUGACAACUUUUUAUUCCUUUUUGAUGGUGAUUAACUGUUUUUCUAAACCUUAAAAGUGAUGACAUAAAAAUGUUGGAAUUAAAUAUUGAAGCUGUUGUAUUAAUUAAGGACAGACCCUCAGAAAAAUUAAGAGGGGGGGGGGGGGGGGGGGGCAAAAAAAAUGUUUUGGGGCAAAAAAAAAAAAAAAUAAAAAAAGAGGGAAAUUAGGAAGAAGAAAAUAUAAAAAAAAAAAAUAUAUUAAACUAAGCCUAUAUUUGUUGGAAAUGAGUUUUAUUUAACUGAUUUUUUCUCUAUAAAAAUAAUUUUUUUUUUUUUUUUUUUUUGUUUAUUUUUUUUUUUUUAAAAUAAAAAAAAAAAAAAAAAAAAAUUAGAUAAAAAAAUAAAAAGGUUUUUUUAAAAAAAAAGAAAAACAAAAAAAAAAAAGGGGGGGGGGGGGGGGGGGGGGCAGGCAAAGUACAUGUUUAUGGCUACCAAAAAAAUAAUAUUAAUGCAAGGGAAAAUUGGAAUAAGGAAAAUGUUAACAAAAAAUAUUUAUGCUGGUCGAAAUACCCCCACCCCAGCCAUAACUUUUCUAAUGUUCCAAGUUACCCCAUCACAAAACGAAAUUUUAAAAAACAAUGGCUUGUUAAUGAGCUUGGACCCAGGGAAGGGAUGUCACUAAGAUUUCAAGUUGCUGGGUAAAUAAAACAAGUAGGCGGGGAAUAAAACAGCUAGCAAUUUCUUUUAGUGCUAUGUUUCUUCUAUUUUCCUAUGAAAGUAUCCGGGGCCACAUUCAUAGUAACAGGCUUACCAAUUCUAUUGUUAUAAAGAGGUAAUUAGUUUUUGAUAACCCUUUUAAACUAUUUGAAUGUUUGUUUUAGACCAAUGUGUACCUCUCUGCUCAAAAAAAGAAGAUUCGACCCUUUGAAGGAUUCAGCAGAAAAGCAAUUGUAUGCAUUCCCACUCAAGAGGAGCUUAGAAAAAGAACAGAGGAUAGAAAGAAAGAAGGCAUUGAACUGCCUGAAAAUGCUGUCAGUGACAUGAAAAGUAUGAUGUUUCUCACUUUGUUUUGGGCAUGUUAAACGUGUAGUAAUUCCCAAUGCUUAUAAAAAACAUAUAUUAAAUUACAUAUUUAACUAGAAGAAGUAGCAGGUUAGAGCAGUGUAUCAAUAUUAUGUUGUAAUGAAUGGAGAUAUUGUCUUGGUUAAUUACCCAUCGUGUGAUUUACAAACCUUUAAUUUAGUAGUUUGAAUUUCAUUUAUGCAUGUUUUUUUUAUUAUUAUUUUCUAAAUUUUACUUUCUUAUUUAUUGUAAUCAUAGCACAUGUUUGACUUUAAACCUUUUUAUUCCAGUGAGUUUCACCCUUCCCAAAGUUGGAGAAUUCUUUGAUGAAGUUGUCUAUGCUGACCAGCCUGAGAGCAAAGCUAAAACCGUUGUUGAUGAAUACAUCAAAGAAGGUCGCAGCUACAGAAGUCGCUCAGGUUCAGGCUCUGAACCUCCUUUCAAACGGUCAAGAUUUGAAGACAGGUCUCCACGCCAUGGAGGUUACUCCAGGGACAGAAGUUAUGGUGAUCAUGGUGGAUACAGACGAGGUGGAGGAGGCGGCGGUGGUGGGUCCUACCAACGGUUUGGUGGUGGCCGUCCAUAUCAUGGAGGAGGAGGAGGUGGCUACCGUGGUGGUCGUGGAGGAGGAUAUCAUGAUCGACGAGAUCAUCGCGGUGGAGGAAGAGGUAUAAUACAUGUAAUUCUGCAAUGAGUAGUAUGGCCAAUCUUGUUUUGGUCUAUUUUUAAGCAAGGCGGAGCCUUCACUUUCUUCCUCUCAAUUGUCCCUAUAAUCACGAAAAAAAAACUACUAAACAAAACAUGCACUUAAACAUAACAGAACUGCAGCAAGUGCUAAGUGAACAUUUAUAUAUAUAUAUUUUUUCCUGGUAGCCAUUUGGUUACUGUACAUGUACAUUAAUUUUAGAUUGCAUUAUAGGAAAAGAUUGGUUUCUGCUUUUGUUAAGGUUUCCCUAGAUCUCUUUCUGAUAACUUUCAGCCUGGAAAAAAUUAUGGAUUUUUGUAUUGGAAAAAAAAAACAGAAGAAGACAGUCUUGAAUUUUGUAUCCAACAUCUCUAUGAAACCUGAUUUUAGAACAUGAUAGAGAAUAAGUGACCAUUUUGGUAUCAUUUGCUGGAAAGGUAAUUGGUUGGAAAAGUAAAGUAAAGUAAAUGGAACACUACUUUUUGAGUUGUUCUAGUGAAUAAUAGUGCUGUUUUCCCAGUUGGAAUGUUCCAAAUUUGAAAUUUGAAAUCAUUUUGUUUUCCGUUAAUUUUUUCAAACCUAUCCUUGACACCAAGCUUGCGCAAGAAAAAUUAACCAGUCCUAAUUUUUGUUUAUCAUUAUUUUACCAAACAAUGUACUGACCAUUGCAGUUUGCCCAUGUAAAUUUGCAAAAGUGACUGGAGUGUUAAAUAGAGAAUUUGUGGUAAUUGGUAUCAACACAAAUUUUUUUUUUUCCUUAGGGGGUUAUGGUGGUGGAGGCUAUGGUGGCAGUGGCGGUUAUCGUCAGCAUCAAUCUUCGUACCGUCAAAAUCAGUCAUAUCAACAGCACAAGCCACGUAACCAACAGAACUACAACCAGCACAGCUACAAUCAGCACCAACAAACAGGAUUUCAGUCAAAUUACAACCAACAGCAGCAACAGCAACAGUAUGGUACUGGGGCAUACAACCAAUACUACAGCUACAACCAGGGAUACCAGGCAGCCACAGGUUACCAACAAACAGGCUAUCAACAACAAGCAUAUGGCCAAACAGCACAGCAGGGUCAACAACAGCCUCAAUACCAGAAUUACCAAAGCUACUACGCUGGAUAUCAACAGCCACAGCAACAAACAGGAUUUGGUGGUUAUGGGGGCACUGGGUAUUAA